GGAACGGUUGUUCUUAUAUUUCAACCAGCUGAGGAACAAGGUGAAGGUGCAAAAGACAUGAUCCACCAAGGGGUGCUCGAAAAUGUAGAGGCCAUAUUUUAUUUGCACAUAGUGCACAGAUAUCCUAUUGGUACUGUGGCUGCUCGGCCAGGAGAGUUUCUAGCCGG